AUGCUUCAGAUUCGACUUAGGAGGGAUUCUCCCACAGAGACUGGCAGCGGAGCGCGACCUUCUCCGACGGAGACAGUGACGGUAGCCUGUCCCGACCACCUCGUACUCGCAGAUCUCCCCGUGGCGAAAGGGAUAGGUUCAGUGACUCCGACAAGCGUAAUAAAGCAGCCGGUGGGACGACGUUCACGAAGGCAGGUAGGAGAGAGAGUUCAUUUCUGCGUCCGUUGCGAUUUCCCCAUUGCUAUCUAUGGCCGUCUGAGUCCAUGUGAUCAUGCCUUUUGCCUCGAAUGUGCUCGUAGUGACUCCAUCUGCUAUCUAUGUGAUGAACGGAUUCAAAAGAUCCAGACGAUCAAAAUGAUGGAAGGAAUCUUCAUCUGUGCUGCUCCUCAUUGUCUCAUGUCUUUUCCUCAAGAAACCUGA